GUUACGCACAUUGGAUAGAUGGGUUUAACACACUCGUCUUUGCACAAUAGGUAGAAAAAAAUGGUUUUGGAACAUGGGAACGUGUCUGCUGUUGGCCAUUCAGUUUUCGUUGUUCACCGUGGUGGAUGCUGUGCUUGGACGUUCGAGCCUUUCGAUCGAGACUACUUGUGCCGAAGGGAGCCAUCGUUUCUUCCUCCACUCUCGACCACUGUGUUCAAGUUUGGGAGAAAAAAGUUUCUGUUCGAACGAUAGCUAUUCUAGUUUUUUUUGCUCCCAAACGUGCAGUGUACGGCAAGUGUGAAGAAGAACACCUUCCAUUCCAGUGUGCUUCAAGUACGUUUCUGUACUCGUUUGCUGGACGAAAGGAUCAGUAAACCUACCUAACUGGUAUCGCUCGCUAGAGCAGCGUGCCUGUUCCACAGCAGAGACGGGAUCUCGGGAAUCGUCAGCAAUUUACUUCCGUUCGCACAGGGGUCGAAUCGAGCGUUCAGGCAGUGUCCCUAAAUUCUUCGUCGCAAUUGUUGGGCCGCUCAGAUUGCUUGGUCAGGGCACGGGGAAUCGUUGAUGCGACAGGCUGAAUCAAUACAUCGAACUCGUAACUCCCGUUUUAAAGUGUACAUCUUGGCGAGAAAUGAGCGAAAGUGAGCAAACGCUUUAGUAUUGUGGUGAUAAAAUAAAACAACUGUGAAGAAGGUACUGGGACAGAAAUAGCAGUAGCAAUUAUUCCACAGUCUUGAACUAGAAUCAGAAAGUGAUCUACCGGAAUUGAAAUCGUGUUUCAGCAAGCAUUUGCAAGCGGUGGCAAAAAUCGCCCAAAAAGACCAAAAAGUGAAGUCAGAUUUUUCUUUCACUGACCCUGAUACUGCACAUCACAGCCAACGGGACAAAGUGAGAUAGCAAAACCAGCCCAGCGUAGCGAGUGUGAGUGUGACAGAGGGAGCCAACAGUGAAACAAAGGCGCAUCGCAGGAGUAAGCGAGACGGACGAUCUAAAGGGGAGCUGUUAGUGCGGCAUAAGUGUGAGCGAAAGAGCAAAACGAACUCGCCUGGAUGUGUGUAUGUGUGAAGUGUGUGUCUGUGGAAAAGUGAGCGAAGAAAAUUCAUACCAGCGCACGAGCUGCAGGAUACAGACGCAACGUUAUCGGAGCAUACAGAAGCAGGGAGGGACUGUCAAAGUAACGCAAUAGAAGUUUUCCAUCGGAUCCAAGCAGCUCAUGCUUAUUUCAUUGUUGACCACCGUCGGAAGAAGUGCUGCGCCGCGUUCUGUUCGGUUGUGCAGGCUGCUGCUACCUCUGGCCGUGUGGUCGCAAUUGAUUGCUUUUGUGCGUACACACGCGUGGCAUUGUGUUAGUGCUCGGUCGCUCAAUUAAGUUUAUCGUGAUUUUGCUGCAAGUUUUUUUGUGCAAUUAAUCUUUGAUUGAUUUUUGGGACUAUAUCUUUUCGCGAGCGUCGUGUGUGCGGACUUGUUGUGGAUACCGUUUUUGGGUUUUGGUGCCGAGGAAGAAAAUCUGUGAAAAAAAAUCACCAUUAGCUCCUACUGCAACCGCGUGCCGAAUUAGUUGUAUGCGAAAUUUCCCAAUACGGUGUUGUGCCAGUGUCGUUCGGGAAAGCAAUAUUUUGUUAAGGACAUUGCCAGGACCGUCCAGUCCUGUUGUUGCUAGCUGCGUGAACGGUGUGGAAAUUCGGUGAACGUCGGAUAAUACGUGGUAGCGAUAGAAAGAAGAAGAAGAAAAAAACACAACGUGAGACAAUAUGCUGAUUAAGCUGGUGAAAGAAGACUUUCCGUGUCUGAAAAACGGGUUUAUAUAACAUUAUCUUCGUGCUAUCGAGUUUCUUCGAAUCUACUUCAACAAGGUAUGCAUUGCUUAUGAAGUGCCCACUGGAAAUAGAUCCCAUGCACAGCGGUAGCUCCAUAUCACCUAAACAUCCCGCCAUACCGAUAUCAAUCGGUAUAGCUUCUCUGGUACUUGAGGGAAGAUCAUCCGCGCUAGAUGACAGCUCGAUCCACGCUCCGUCCACGUCGUGUGCUGCCACCUCGAGCGUUCUCGCCAAUGGCCAUGGGACAGGCGACGGUGGUGCCGGCGGAGGAUCUUCCUCCGGUUCCGGAGGUGCCGGUGGCGAGGAUGAUGAGGACGGUGGGUUUUGCAGACAGAAGCGUUCGAGCGAGGGCACUGGAGCAGGGGCAUCAUCGCUUCAGCAGUGCAGUCUCUUGGCCAUCAACGAGUCACACGGCAAAUCGUUGGCGAUGUCCUGCUGCCAUACACCGGACGAAGCGCAACGAAUCAAUCUGAAGCUACAGCAGAUACGAUCUUCCUGCCCAAGCACGAGCAAGGACGAAGUGCAGCAGCUGGUGACAGUGUCGGGCGAACCGAGCCGACUGCCCGGAGGCCGCAGACAUGAGCGGGAGCUGUACCAAACGUACUCCAAUGCCGCCGGUCAGCGCGAUUCCCUCGAACGGGGAACCGCUUCGUCUGCAUCAUCGGCUGCAUCCUGGGUUUCGCAUGACCACGCCGUCAUCUCUUCGGCUGCCACUGGUGUCGUUAUCUAUAGUGGAUUCGAGAAAAUGAAUGUACUCGGUACCGUGUCGCCCAUCAAGAAUCACCCGAUGGGUAACAGCUUCAUUAACUUUUCCUCCCCAACGCCAACGGCGGGUGCUGCUGGAGCAACAUCGUCUGCUUCUGUCAAUGCUAUCCAGUCCCGCAAACCAGUGGCUGGAGGCGGGUCGUCUUCGUCGAAGCUACAAGCGUCGUCGCGUCCGCGCGAAGGACCGCACUGUGAGCAGUUUCUGAAGAAGAUCGGACUCAACAAACCGGAGGCAGCUGAUGGACCGGAGCAUCACUGCAGCUAUCGCAACAAAUACUGUCUUCGCUGGCAGGUGUACUUCAAGCAGCUUUCGUCCAUCCUGACGAACGGUGAGGCGGUUUGCAUCGAGGUGUAUCUCGGACCAGAAAACCAUACCAUACUCCUGGAGCAAUGGAUUCUUAAGCUAGUGAUGACCAAAUCACCGGCAACCAUGACCAUCCAAUCGUUGUGUGCCGCCAUACGUAGUCAGCUGUACUUUUCACAAAUAUCGGCGUGGAGCGAUCUGAUUAAAAAAUCGCUCGAGCCAGACCUUUUCUCAAACCCGCGCAUAAAAAAGUUGAUCCCUGCGGCAAAGUGCAAAGCGGGCGGAGGGUCUCCCUUUUCCCUGGCACAGGCUAGGCUUGAUAUUCUGUUUCGCAUUCGAACAUACGACAAUACUGCGUGUUUUAACGAGAAACCGAACGUUCACAACUUUCCCGAUGCGAGUGUCGCCGACAAUUUCGUGAUACAGGUGUGUCUCAAAAGUUUGCCUCGGCUCGACCGCAUACCGGGAAUAGAUGCCGCGUUGGAUGCAGCGAAGAUGAGUGCAACGCUGCAGAAGCAACAGCAGGUUGACCGUAUACCGUUGCCCUGCCACGAGAAGGGCAAGCAUCGAUGCGCGUUUAGGGUUGAGCUGGAGGAAGAGGAAGACGACGAUGAUUCAUCCAUGGUAGAGGGCGGGAUGGAAGGCGAAGCGGGCGACGGUGAUGUUGGUGGCGAGGACAGUAUGUUGCUCACAUCCGCCGCAAUCAGCCAUCGCGAAAAACAGCUGCUCAAGUACAGAAAGCGAAUGUUGAAGCGUGAAAAGAAAAAGAAAACCGGCGGCGCUGUGGGAGAAGGAAACAGCAAUACGAGCCCUGCGAGUAGUAGCAGCAACACUAGCAGCGGAGCAACCAGUGUCAGCGAUCGGAACGGAUCAGGAUCCGCCGAUGGGUCAUCGUAUUUGUCGGCAAAGAGUUGUUACAUGAGCGGUCAGAUCGGACCAGUGGGUAACAAUAUGGGAAGCAAAAGCAACCACCCCUCCACCGAACCAACGGCAAACAAUGCGUGUAGCAAUGGAAACUGUCGCAAUGCGUUAACAUCAUCCAUUAAUUCAAUACAGCCACCGCUUUACUCCUCCACCGAUCGUCACCAGGCAAUGAUGGUGUGUGAUGAUCGUUUUCAUGCGAUCGCUACCAACUCGAAAUCCACCCAAACAACAACGGUUGCAUUAUCGGUCGACCUGCUGUUACCGCCGCUCGUUUCGGUAGCGACCCAAACGGAACCCACUGUUUCCACCGCAAUGGUUUGCAGCGAUUGUAAAACCAGAUCAUCCCGGACGGCAAGCGGGAAUGAAACGCGCUCCUCACCAGCGAUGAGUGAGCCGGCGCAGCGCGAGAUGGAAGUUAGCCAAAACAUGAACCAUGCCAGCAGCAGCAUUAGCAGCACAAACCGUGAUAGAAAUAUGCAAUAUUUUAACGAUUACUAUAGGACUUACGAUAUUAUCAAUGAAAACUGUGAUAAAGGUCCAGAGGCGCCUGUCGGGUGCGGUAAGCAACAGCAGCCGGGCCGUGCUGAUGUGCUCAUGCAGGAAGGCAGCUUCCGUAGCGUCCAACAGUCAAAAUCGAACGGUAAUGGAGUGAGCGGUAGCGAUUUACCCGACACGUUUCGUCGACCGUGCUUCAUUGUCGGCGGCGAUGGGUACGAAGGGGAUGAAGAUGACGAAAGCAGUGCGCAGAAAAGGAACCGUGCAAUCGCAAACGAAGUACCCGCUCUUCAGCAGGGCGAACUGCUCCUUCAAGCCAUGCAAAGAACUGCCAUGUUGAAUGGGUCGAGUGAGAGAGACGGCCAAGAGCGGUAUGGCAGGGCGAAAAAUGUGCAUGGAAAUGUGGCUUUAAACAACAACAAUUACACCACUGCAAACAACAACUUCGUCGAGCGUGAUAGGGGGAAGGAUGGUACCGCCGUUCCGGUGGCAAAUGGAGGGAAACAGCACGACCAGCAUACAGAAGCCACUAAUGGCGACGAAACGGGCAAAGGGAAUGGUGCGAAAAUGGCAGCAGCAAAUUGUGAAACAAGCGAAUGUGAUACCUUCAGUAAGGAAAAGAAGCUAGAUUUAGGUGACUGUCGUCUGUGCAAACGACAAAAAACGAAGCAUAAUUUUAAACUAAACCUUACCCCAUUGCUCUCCUCGGCGACCGAGGUGCCCCCGUCCUCUUCGAAAAAGGAAGCAUCGAAGAAGACGACGAUGAUCGCUGCGAGCACGGUACUGGACUGUGGAUCAACGCCGCCGGGAUGCCGUCGAACGUUGUCGGAGAGUUUAGUGGGACAUUUUACCAUACCAGGAUCUUCGGCCAUGGCAUCCGGGUCAAACGGCCACGGCACAGCUAAUUAUGAAGGCCCCGAUAGCGAAACCGUUCAUUCUGGACGUGGGAUGAAUGAGGCGUACGGGCUUGCCUAUUCCAACGUAGAAAAUCUUAGCCCAGGGGACAGUCCAAUGCUGAGCACCUCAACCGGCGCUGUUGGAAAUGGCAUUUUUACAUUCGAACAGAUGAAAUCGUACAGGCGCGCGUUCUCGGAAGAUGUGAUUGACACGAUCACCUCCCUUGGCCCUCGAUCGUACGCCGGCAAUGAUCGCACCCAAACCACCGAAGAGGAUAGCACUGACGACACUGACGGCAGCAACGGUGGUGAUAAUGAGGUCGAACAGGAGACUCAUCUACAGCAGGCAGGCGGUUGCGUUGACCAUCGUCGUACAGCCAGCGGUGAAAGCCCACGUACUGCGAUGGGAACAUCGGCCAAAUGCGGCCAUCAAAUUACACGCCGUCAUCGGCCGCAUACCUCAACUCCAGCAGGGAAUGAUACCGUGUGUAAAGAGCCGCUCUACAUCAGCUGCUCGGAGACGGAUUGUUCUGUCAGCACUGCAAGCAGCGUUUCCCCUCACAAGAAACAAAUUCUGAGCUGUGGUGCCAUCGGAGGCACAUCCAUUGCCGCCACGAGCACCUCGGAAGGUAGGACAACCGCUAGGGGAGAGAAUUUCUCCAAUAACCUAAAACAGCAGCUCACACAGCACAAAACAUCUUCGAAAAUCAACCUCAACUACGUGUUUUGUUUGUCACCGCUGGCGCGCGAUGAUUCCGGUUUUACAAGCGGUAGCAGCCCGGCCACUUCAACCACCUUUCCUGCCACUUCCCCGAUCGCGAUCGAUGACGCAGGAACGUUUGGCAAAGCUACGAAAAGCGUUCGAAUGACCAACAGCGCGCACAGUGCGGGACUGUUUCGUUACGACUUUGAAGAGACCCCGGUCAGUCCGGUAUCGGGCACUAUCAAAUCAAAAUCCGCCCCUGCCUUUCCAUUCUCCCCGCCAAUGGGCGGUGGUGCCCUGUCGCCACGCUUUUUGCGAAAUGCCCAGCGCCAGUUUCACCAUCGCACGCGGUACCCCUCGGAACGAUCGUCCUUCUCAGAGCGUUCGUCUAUCGGCUCGGAUGAGCAGUUUUCCGAUGACGAUCUAUCAUCCUAUCUGUUGGACUCAUCGAACGGCGGCAGUUACUGCAGCCCACUCUCGGGACAUCAACUCCUGUCGACGGAGCAUGGGGGCGUUGGGUCCGCUCUAAAGAUGGGUCGUUAUAUGGCUCGCACCACUGCUGGCCUGCUGCCAACGGCGCAGAUGCUGAGCAAGGUGCUGAACAGGAACCUGUUCCGGUUUGGACGUGCACCAAUGCUCGGAACGCUGGAAGAAUCGCUGCUGCAACGACGGCUGAGUCCGAAAUUCCAGGUCGCCGAUUUUAAGGUGCUGCUGGGCGCCUCUGGCAGCUUCUGUCCGACACAGCUCACCAUACCGGCUGCAUCCUACUUCUACGAGCUCCCUGGGCAGCACUUAACUACACCGUAUGUGUGUGAAUUACGUCUUCCAAGAAAGGGAUACUCGAUACCGCGCACAGGCACCGUCCAGGCAACGUUGCUCAAUCCGCUGGGAACGGUGGUGCGGAUGUUUGUCGUGCCGUACGAUUUUCGAGAUAUGCCAGCUAUGUCCACUACCUUCAUACGGCAGCGCAUACUCGCCUGUGACGAUAGCAGCCUCAAGCUGCUCGGCAAAAACAUCGAACAGCUCAGCAAUGCCGAGCAAAUGAAGUUGCUGCGUUAUGCGAUCCAUUUGCGGUUUCAAACAUCGCGAUCUGGAAAACUGUCGCUUCACACAGACAUCCGGCUGCUGAUUUCCCGCCGCACCGACUGUGAUACGGCCGCUGCCCAUGCGAAAAAUUUACUCGAGUCCCCGAACGAACUGAAAGUGGUUACCAUCGUACCGGAUAAUCCCAAGUUUAGUUUACGUAUUGAUAAGCAGCAGUAGUGUGGCUUUAACAAUCUCUCCUCUAUCCCAUGCGUGGUACGGCGAGUGAGCAUUCGAGGUGUGUGAGAAUGUCGUUAACAGUCAACCUAUCGACUGGGGGGCCCUAUUAGACACACUGCUCUAUCUUCUUACUUUUCUUCCGCAAUCAAACCGUAGAGAGGGAUUUAUUAUCGUUUUGGAUGUUUUUGUUUUCCUUUUUUUGUCAUACCGAUUGGCACUAAAACCGGGUGAUUGUUAUUCAUUAAGAAAUUUUACUUGUUUAAUCCGUUUUGUUUUAUAAUAGCUAUAUGCAAUUACAACGUUUCGAAAAUAUUUGUGUUUAUCAUACUUCGCUUUCUGCUAAUCAUUUUACCAAUUCAGUACAGUGUGAUCUCUCUCUCUCUCUCGGGCUCGAUAAGUUGAAUAACAUGCAGCAGUUUCUGCAAAACUAUUUUCGUGAAAGGAAUCUUGUUCCCCCAGCUUUAGAGUUUAGUAAAUGGGUCAUUGGUUUAAACUGGGGGAUGAACCGGGAAUGUAGUGCGUCGCGCAGGUAAUGAAGCAACAGAGCAAUUGAAGUUAAAUAUUGGCACGUGAUGGGGAUGAGAAAACGAAAACUUUAUCAAAAGGAAUCGUAGGUUUAAUUCUAAAUGGAGAAUGAAAAUCAUUGGUGAGUCGGAGAAAACCCAUCUGCAAAGAUACAAGCAAUUGUGAUCUAUAGAUCGGUUUAGAUUUAUGCUUCAACUGUGAUUGACGAAAAGCGUAAAUUGUAUGUUAGAUACAAACCCCAACUGUGUAUAAUCCGAUGGGAUGUGUGUAUGUGUAGGCGAAUGAAAAGAAAUGGUAAACAAAAUCACAGAAAGGAAAAAAAAGAAGUGGGAAAUAUACUAUCAUUCCAGAACGAAUGGAAAACGAUGCAAAACAGAAUGCCAACAAUACCGCGUGGAUGCGUGGAAGAAUCACAAUGGAAAGUGAAUAUAAAAUACACCGUUUAUGUUUGGACAAAACAAAAAAAACGAUAAACGAUAAAAGGACGUCAAACAAAUGAUAAUACAGCAAAUGUACAUAGCACGUUCUUACAUGUGAUGCAAGGGCAAUAUGAUGAUGAUGAUGAUGAAGGCGAAGAUGUUGCAGUGAUUUGGGGUGAUUGUUAUAGAACGAACGCCUGUGUUCAUUUGUUCGUUACGCUUGUGCUCUUAAAGACAAUGUUUAACAAAACUAUACUUUCGCGCUGGGUUCGCAUUUACGCUACGACACGUUGAGUUCAUGCACUGCGUACACACAGGCAACUGGUAUACUUCUUCAUCCCCUCAUAAAACUAAUGUUUGUUACACUUAGUGUAGGAAAAAAGUAGUAUAAAGGCAGAAGCAAUGCUGUGAUGCUGCUUUUUUUUUGCUGUUCUUCAAACGUUUCCGUGUCGUAUUCAUCUUGGCAUUGAGCAAAGUAAAAUUUAUCUCGCAGAGAGAUUAAAUCUUUCUAGUGCAAUUUGCCAAUAAUCCCUUUCCUGUCUUCAUGUUAGUGAAAUAUUUGCCGCGAUAAUAACGAUAUCCCCCUAUGUCGAUAAUUAGCGAAAAAAUCACGAACUAAGGAUUCAACAGAUUCGCAUACACACUAGAUUCAACACACUGCCAUAUAAGCGGAAUGGGAGGAAAAAAACACGCCAAAGCGUUGUAAGGCGUGCCGAUAGCCAGCCGAUGAAUGGAUGCGUAAAAAGUUGUACUUUAAUAACGUAGCUAAAAUUCGUUCUUAUAACGCCUAAUGUUGCAAGUUGACUUUAACGGCAUCGGAAUGUGUAUGGAGUUAUACACGUCGGCUCUAUAUAUGUAUGUGUGUGUAUGUGUGCGUGUAAUAGCGGUGCUUUUUCUCCUAGAUAAGCAAAAAGGCGAAUUAAUACACAUAAACUUUGACUGUUCUUUUUGAACAGAAAAUAACAAUAAUAUCUUUGAUGUAGUCGGAAGGACUCCUGCAAAUUAGUAUGCCGCCAGGUUACAAUUUGGAAAAUAGACGCUCGCGUAUAUGCGUUGUUUAUGUUUUGUUGUACAAUUUAUUUGUUUGUAAAACACACGUGCGUGGGAGGGAUUGAUUUGAACUAACGUCCUGUGUAUAUCCUACGAUCGGCAAAUACUACAGCACCACUGAUCAGGCAGCUUCUUUCCGAUUGCCGUCCCGACGCUUAGUGCAUCCGUGGUACACUGUGUGCUUUAGAGCAAGUAAUUAUUUUACCAUAAAAUAACUAGAAACAUUGCCACCGAGAAACGAGUUUAAGAAAUCAUUGUUAAACAUUACUAAACAACCACAUAGGGCACAAACUCACACACACAUACACACAGCUGUGUUUGUGCACAGAUAGAAUGAACAGCAACAAGCAAAACAAGUAAGCUAGUCACAGACCCUAAAAUGAGUCCUUUUACUCAUCGCAAGAGUACGCUUGUGCACGAAUACUUUGUUUUUAACCACCGGAGUCACAACAUUUCAAUUACCAUCAAAUAGAUUUCUCCCAUCUAAUUGAUAUCAGAAAGACAAACGGAUAAUACGGAACACGAUUGCAAUGCCAUUUUCCUUCGACACAGCAAUUAGGGGAAAAAAGAUACUGUAGAUUUUAACAACUUGUUUUUGGAUCUAUUUUACGUUAACGUUUUGCAUCCUUAUUGCGUAUCUUUUGAUUUUGAGCCCGACAACCGCAUCAACGCGCAUUCAAACUGUAGAAAUAGGUCUGGGGAGUGGCACACGAAUUCAACUGGCUGGAUCAGAGUGAAAGUUAAACCAAAAACUUAAGAAAAUACUAUACAAGGUAAACGAUACAGUAGUAAAAUAGAGAACAAGUUGAACCAGAGUCGAGACAUAGUAACAUUACGAAAAUAGUAACAUUGUAAGCUAUGUAGAAACAGGAUAACGAAAGGGAAAUAAAAAGAGAAAAACGAUAUAAUAAAAAAAAA